AUGGCCCUGAGCCUGGGCAAUCCUCGUGGAUGGACCGUCGACAAUCAUCAUCACCAGCACCAGCACCAGCACCACCAGCACCACCAUGUUGCUCAAGCUGCAGCCCCGGCACCAGCAGUAUCCGCCUCCUCGUCUCCCACUGCUGCUGCCGCUCAACUCGAGGCGCGAGAGGGUCCUGCUCCGGCCCAGUGGCAAGCGGUGAAAGAGGAGAUCCGGAUCCUUUAUGAGAAGCACCCCUUGCGAGAUGUCAGGAGAAUACUAUUAGACCGGCACAAUUUCCGCGCAACGGAGCGGAUGUAUAAAGCCCGACUGUCGCAGUGGGGAAUCAGUAAGAAUUACUCCGAUAAAGACUAUCAGAUAUGUGCGGUGCUGCACCACACCCGCCAAAAAAGCGGUAAGCGGUCGACGGCGUUUGUGAUCCAUGGCCACAAACGCUCUCUCAAAGACCUACACAAGUAUAUCAAAGGGCGGAAGAUGACCGAGGAGGACUUCCUAGCCUCUGCCCUCGCCAACGUCAAAUGUAGCACCACCACCACUUCCGCCGAUCACCACGAGCACGAGCAGUAUGCUCACGUCCGAGCCUAUACACCUGAGCCCGAGGCAGAGGCCGAAGAAGGAGGAGCACCGCCACCGCCUCCUCCUCCUCCUCACCCUACCGCCUCCACUCCCACCAGACCACGGCCGGCCGAGAUCGCAGCAAAGGACCUAAGGGACUCUCCUAGGGGGGAAAUAGCGGCGUCACAGUCCGUCCACUGCGUCCCAGAACCAGCCUCGUGUUCCACCAUCCCCACCUCCGCCGUCGCCCACCAACAACACCAACACCAACACCAACAUUCCCCUGCUAGUCCGUCACUCCGCUGGUCCCCCCACCAUGCAGCCUCGCCAUAUGUCCCACUCACCGUGUCACCGCCUCAAAGGCACGGUCCUUAUUUCACAUCCAAAGACAGCACCACCGCCACUACAUACUCGUCCGAUGCAUCACCACCCUCGUCGUCACGCCCCCACGCCGUCUCCUCUCCCCAGGAUGCCCCAUUGUCGGUGGCCCUGUCAUAUACUUAUCCUGCCGCUCCGAAUGAACCACUGGCUGCCGUGGAGGACCAGGUCCGCCAUGCUGGCACCGUCUACGACGACACGAGCCCCAUGAUGACGUCGUGCAGCCAAUUAGGCCGAGACGUCGAGUACAUGGCACUGCAGCUGGUGGACGCCCCGCCCUUGAAGUCCCUGUGUGGCCACGACGACAUCCGGAGCUGGGCCCUCUUGUUCACCGACAGCUCCUCGGAAGAUUCGAUGGACUACGAGCAGAUCUGUCCGACGUGCCACGAGUCCACCCGCGAACACUUUAUCAGUCUCCCGAAUUUGGAGACGCCUCACGGACCGCGCAGCAUCUUGAACGCCACCCAGGACCUGCCGGAAAGCACGGCCAUCUCGGUCCCCGCCAGCUCACGCGGCCACGAGCAUUCGUGGAAGUGGGUGGCGCGGUGCUUCGCCGCCUGCAUCUACCUGCGCCGCGGCAACCAUACGUUAUCGCAACGCAGUCUCGCCGACGCCGACGCCGAGUUCACGCAGAUGCUGGUGCCGCGCCAGGACCCCAAGGUGCUGUUGGCGCUCAACCAGACGCUCCAGAUCCUGCAGAUGCACGACCAGGGCGACAUCACCAAGACCAUCAUGCAGAGCGCCCACCUGGUCGCCGACCGGCUGCUGGGGCCCAGCCACCCGCUGACGACGAUCGUGCGGUGGAUGGUCUACGUGGCCAACGGGCAGAUGCGCCACCGCGACGUCACCAGCGCCACGCUGCACGACGUGCACCAGCAGUUCGUGUCGCACCACGGCGCCCACGACCCGCGGGCCAUCGCGUCCCAGUACUGCUACGGCUUCAUGCUGAACGUGGAGGGCCAGCCGGCCGAGGCCGAGCAGGUGCUGCGCGAAGUGUACCAGAUCUCCUCGACCGUGCUGGGGCCCCAACACCUGCAGUCGAUCUCGGCGCUGACGAACCUGCACCGGGCGCUGGAGCGGCAGAACCGCGUCGACGAGGCCGCGUCGGUGCUGCGCCGCGCCAUCCGCGACUCCAAGGACACGCUGGGCGACAACCACCCGCGCCGCCUGGAGAGUCUGCGGUUGCUCGCCCUGCUGUACCGGCGACAGGGCCACCUCGACCUGACCGAGGAGCUGUACUGGCAGGUUCUGGAGGGGCGGGUCAAGAUGCUGGGCAAGAACCACACGUUCACGCAGGGCAUGAAGCGGGAUUUGGAGGAGCUGCUCCAGGAGCGCGGCAAGUGGACGGUGGAAGAGACGAGAACGGUCAAGCGCGGGGACGGACAGGUGGUGCAGGAGGUGGUGGUCACCGAGAGCAACCACCAACUCCGGCUGCAGGACAUCUUCGAGUGGGACGUGCACGAGCAGUGGGACGACGACGACGCGAGGAGUGAUGGGGGCAGUGAGACGGGGAGUGAUCACGCGGCAUUCUGA